AUGCCGCGCUCCUUCCUGGUGAAGACGCACUCCGGCCACAGGGUCCCCAACUACGGGCAGCUGGAGAUACAGAGAGAAGCUGCCGGUGCCUGCAUGGCCUGUGGGGAGCCAGUGGGGCCCUUCUCGCCUCCAGCCCAGGAGCCCCCCUGCACACCGGCUGACCCUCCCCGGCCCUGGCCCUGCCUUGCCCUGUACCACCAGGAAGCUCCGGGAGCUGCGGCUGAGCCAGACAUGCUGCAAACGGGCAGGGGGGACCCUCGGGCUGCCCGGGCCCCUGGGGCCCCCCUCAAAGACAGCCUGAACCACCUCAACCUGCCCUCUGUGCUGGCCCUGCCCACACGGUGGCCCCCGAUCUCAGGCCCCGGUGGGGACAGGGCCCCGGACAAACAGCCCAGAGCGCCCCAGAGCCUGGAGUGUGUCCACUGCCACCGGCCCUACCACACGCUGGCUGGGCUGGCCAGGCACCAGCAGCUACAGUGCCACCUGCAGGCGGCACGUGCCUUCGCCUGCCAGUUCUGCGGCAAGGAGUACGGCAGUCUGGGAGCCCUCAAGAUGCACCAGCGCACCCACACGCUGCCCUGCGUUUGUGCCACCUGCGGCAAGGCCUUCUCCAGGCCCUGGCUGCUGCAGGGCCAUCUGCGCACCCACACGGGUGAGAAGCCCUACGCCUGCCCCCACUGUAGCCGGGCCUUUGCUGACCGCUCCAACCUCCGAGCGCACCUGCAGACGCACUCGGACACCAAGAGGUACCGCUGCCCGGGCUGCGCCAAGGCCUUCUCCCGCAUGUCCCUCCUGGUUCGGCACACAGACGCUGGCUGCCACCCUGGCCCCUGA